GUCGGCUCCGCCUACAAACUCCAAGUCCCAGAAAGCACCGGGCAGGCGGAUGUGAGCGAGGCGCGAGCCGCCGCGACCCUUGAACGGAGAGAGGAAGUGCUCGGGCAUCGCGAGCCGCGCCGCGGGGCCAGAGAGAGCAGUAUGUCCGCGGAAGUCCCCGAGGCAGCCUCCGCGGAGGAGCAGAAGGAAAUGGAAGAUAAAGUGACUAAUCCAGAGAAAGCUGAAGAAGCAAAAUUAAAAGCAAGGUAUCCUCACCUGGGACAAAAGCCUGGAGGUUCCGAUUUCUUAAGGAAACGAUUGCAGAAAGGGGACAACACAGUGCCUCUAUAUAUCAAGCACUCAGCAAAGCAAAAAUAUUUUGAUUCUGGAGAUUACAACAUGGCUAAAGCGAAGAUGAAGAACAAGCAACUUCCUGCUGCAGCCCCGGAUAAGACAGAGGUCACUGGUGACCACAUUCCCACUCCACAGGACCUUCCUCAACGGAAACCAUCCCUUGUUGCUAGCAAGCUGGCUGGCUGAUUAAAAGAGCUGAACUGCAUGAA